CUGAAUCUAUGCCAUUCUUUUUAUUACAAUUUACAAGUUAAAUACAGUCAGUUAUAACCGUAACAGUAACAAGGCUCCGGGUCUGUGUUACCCUGCUAUUCAUGGCCUCACCUGUAGAGUCAAACAAACAAAGUAACUCCGGUUGACUCGCAGUCAAAUGCUGCGACUGUUCUUUUAGGAGUCUUUGAAAAUACCAUUUUGAAAGCUUGACUGUUUAUUUUUCGUGAUUUCAGCAAUGGAGCCCUAGGAAAGGUUUGGUUAGUGGCUGGAUUUAUUUAUUUUAAGUCAGACCGACUUCCUUGUGUGAUCUGGAUACUACCAGUCCGUGUUCUUUCAACACACCCUCCUCGCACAGCCGGCUUUGAUACAACUUUACAUCGGGGAUUCGGCCUUUGUUUUUAUCUCGUACCGUUUAAAGGGCUUCGGUUUCUCACAGCCAAGAUGUCGAUUAUGGGUUUAAAGAAGAAACAACCAAAGACUUUUAAAGUGAAAGUUGUCACCAUGGACGCAGAGAUGGAAUUUAGCUGCGAGGUGAAAUGGAAAGGGAAAGAUCUGUUUGAUCUGGUGUGCCGGACUGUAGGAUUAAGGGAGACCUGGUUCUUCGGGCUGCGAUACAUAGUAAAGGAUACUUAUGCAUGGCUCAAAAUGGAGAAAAGGGUAUUGGACCAAGAGGUUCCGAAAGAAGAUCCAAUCACAUUUCACUUCCUGGCAAAGUUUUUCCCAGAGAAAGUGGAGGAGGAGCUAGUGCAGGAAAUCACACAGCACCUCUUUUUCCUGCAGGUGAAGAAGCAGAUACUGGAUGAAGAAAUCUACUGCUCCCCUGAAGCCUGUGUGCUUUUGGCAUCCUACGCUGUUCAAGCAAAGUAUGGAGAUUAUGACCCAAAUUUUCAUAAACUAGGAUUUCUGGCACAAGAUGAGCUUUUGCCCAAAAGAGUUCUAAUGCAGUAUCAGAUGACAGCGGACAUGUGGGAAGAAAAAAUAACUGCUUGGUAUGCUGAACACAGAGGCAUUGCAAGGGAUGAAGCUGAAAUGGACUAUUUAAAGAUUGCACAAGAUCUUGAAAUGUAUGGAGUCAGUUACUUUUCCAUUACACAAAAUAAAAAGGACACCGAGCUGCUGCUUGGAGUUGAUGCCCAAGGGCUCCACAUUUACAGUCCCAACAACAAACUGAGCCCCAACAAAUCAUUUCCAUGGAGUGGAAUUAGAAACAUUUCCUACAGCGAGAAAGAGUUCACGAUAAAACCAUUAGACAAGAAGAAGGAGGUUUUCAAGUUCUACUCAUCGCAGCUCAGAGUAAAUAAAUUGAUUCUGCAGCUGUGUAUUGGUAACCAUGACCUCUUCAUGAGGAGGAGAAAGGUGGACUGCAUUGAGGUUCAGCAGAUGAAGGCUCAGGCUAGAGAGGAGAAGGCGAGAAAGAAGAUGGAGCGUCAGAUCCUGGCACGGGAGAAACAGUUGAGAGAAGAGGCUGAGAGAGCGAACGAAGAGAUGGAGAGACGGCUCUUUCAGCUGCAGGACGAGUCUCGUAUAGCCAACGAGGCGCGGCUCCGCUCCGAGGAGACGGCAGACCUGCUGGCAGAGAAGGCGCAGAUCGCAGAGGAGGAGGCCAAGCUGCUGGCUCACAAAGCGGCCGAGGCGGAGCAGGAGAUGCAGCGGCUGGAGGUGACGGCCCUGAAGACCAAGGAGGAGAGGCGCCUCAUGGAGCAGAAGAUGAGAGAGGCAGAGCUGCUUGCAGUGAAGCUUGUGGAGGAGUCCGAGAGAAGGUCAAAAGAGUCAGAUAAUUUAAAGCAAGACCUGAGUGAGGCUAAAGAUGCAGAACGCAGAGCCAAACAGAAGCUGCUGGAGAUAACUAAAUCCACCUAUCCUCUAAUUGCAGCCUACAAUUGCCACCCUCUGCCCCUUGAUGGUGAAGACCUGAACCUGGAAAGUGGAACCGUCAAGAUAGACUUCAAGGACACAGACAUGAAGAGGCUGUCGAUGGAAAUUGAGCGAGAAAGACUGGAGUACGUGGAGAAGAGUAAAAACCUCCAGGAUCAGUUGAAGGAGCUGAAGACGGAAAUCGAAUCCCUGAAACUUGAGGAGCAGCAGGCAGGGAUGUUCCCUCACCGCGGAGAGGCCAGGGCUUACCCCCCACUCAGUAACGUCGGGCACUAUGAUUCAGAAGUUAUCUACAUUUGAAAACCCCAGGGGAGAUUAUGGAAAAAAUCAUACCGAGCGCAAUUCUUCUCUUAUGACUCAGAUGGCCUUCCUGGAGGAGGUCUAAUGAUAACGACUUACUGCAGAUUAGUAAGACUAAAGGAACACGCUGUAUCAUGAUAUUAUCUGGAGAAUGUCAAAUGCAGUAAAGUAUACCGUAAGGAUCCAUUUGUACACAUGAAAGGUCUGAUAAUACAUGUAUUUUAAUAGCCUUUGCAGGCCCAGUGACCCCAGCUAGACUUGGGUUCGGACACAGCUGGAGUUUGCCCCUCUUUGUGAAGUUCUUUUCCAGUAAGGGUGCAGACUAUAGACAACAACGGGAACAUUGCACUGGCAAAUGGGCUGGUGUGAAUAACCGUUCAAACCCACCGUUAAAAAACUGACACGGUUCAGAUUUGUUUUGGUGUGAACUGUAACAGAAAAUGUUAACCGUUAAAAAAAUGAAUUUGAUGUUCUGUUCAUGCAAACCGUUUCAAAAUGCCAUUCAUCUGCUAACUGCACAUAACCGUUUGAAGACACGUUGCAGAAUACACUCCUGCCUUGUAAUUUGUCUAGUGCCAUUAUGAUUUGAACUACUGUGACCUCCUAAACUAACCAGGGAAGUGCAUUACUUAGGUAAAUAGGUAGUCAGAUCAAAUUAUCCGUUUAACAUCUACAGCAAUAGUUUAUUGAAUUUAUAAUGCUGGUUUCAUGAGUAUUGCAUACAAUACUCCCAUAUUUCUCUAUUGUUCUAAUAGUGCCUGUUCAUUUAUAUGCAUAAUUGUUCAAACACAAAAUAUGUUUCCAAGUUUGUAAUUAAUUCUAGUAGCAAAUAUUUUCCAUUUUAUCAUUUACUUUGACAUUAUUUGAGUUAAAACACUACAAUACUAUUUUCAAUACACUAUUUUUUAAACACAUUUCAUUACAUUUAGGAUUGAUACAAUAUGAAAUACCAUUUUUUAUAUGUAGUUAUUAAAUUAUUUUCAAUACUUCAUGAUUUUAAGUAAGUUUUUAAAAACAUAAUUUUUUACUAUUUUAAAGGAUUAUCGAUUUGCCUUUGUGUGACCAAAUUAAGUGCUGUUUCUGGCCUUUGUGUAUGUAUGUUAUACAUCAGUACCAUAGUCUAUUUAAACUUUGCUAUUAAAUUGGUGCUUACAUCUUUCCAAUCAGCAUUUCCCAAAGUAGUUCUUUAAUGGCUACUAUAAUCUACUAAAUAAAAACAAAUCCCAAAAAUACCUUCAUAAUUCAGUCUAUGCUGUAGCCUAAGGAAGCUUAUUCUUAGACAGUAUGUACAUCUGUACUGAAAAUUAAUUAUUACCACAUUAAACACUCAGUUUGUGUACUAUGCUGCUUGAUCCAGCUCAUUCAUUGUUGAUGGAGGGAAAUUCGUUUUUUCAUUAACACUCAAGCUUACAAGUCUAACAGUAGGCUGAGGGCCAACAGAUCUUUCCAUUUGUGAAUAGGACCAAUUGCUGUCUCCAGAAAUCUUGCAAAAUAAAGUAAUGGUAAAGAAAUCACACGUUUUACUAGUUCAAUUAGUGUGAAAUGUGAUGCUGUCCAAUAACAAGACAUUGUUACUGUUACAUGACUGUAAAGAUUAGAUGCUAUUUGCGGGCUGAAACUUUGCUCGUCCUACAGUAAGUAUCUUUGGGGCGGGUUGUCCAAGAUCAGGGCUAUAUCGGCAUAUGUGAAAAGGGCUUUCACAGCUUUUAAUGCUUCAAAAAGAUUGGAUUUGUGUGUCACUGUGUUAUGAUACUGUUUUUACAAAUGCGUGUGGAAACACAUUGUAUUUCUUCAUACAUACUGUACCUUUUUAUGAGAUUAAGAUAAAUAUUCAUGUUUUAAUGAAUGAUCAUCACACUACACCCAUAUAGGCAUCUCGAUAUCCCUGCAGAUUAAUCAGCACAACAUGCAGCACCUAAAAUACUGCAUGCAUAUUUUUCUUAUUCUGUACAGCUUGACUGAGAUAAAUGCAUAUUUUCAUGUUUAUUUAGAAGCCUUUACAAAGUAGUUUGCUCAUUUAAAUCCACAGCAAACGAAACAUUGCCUUAAAGAUAAUACAACUUAUUCAGUAGUAAGAUAACGACCAUGACGACUAUGCUUGUGCUAGCUAGUUGUUGGAGUAUAAGUAAAUAUUUAUUUAAAGGUGUUAUUUCUUAUUGUUUGAGGGUUGAUGCGUAUUAUCUAUGCUGUUUUGACUGGUUAAUACCAUCUUGUAUCAUACCUUGUUCUUGUGUUUUAUUAUUAAAUAAAAAAUGAGCCUCAAGGGAAAA